CAUUAGUUUAAUUUUUUUACCGGGACACGCAACAUGAGAACCUUCGCAGUACUUUUUGCCUGCAUUUUGGCAGUCAAUGCCGUUGACUUUAGCAAAGUCCGCCCCAUCGAGGAGCUUUUGGCAAUGCAUCCCGAAAGAUAUCCCUUGUUCAAUUCCUUUGGACGGGCACCAGCCAAUAGCCGUAUUGUUGGAGGACUUGAAGCUCGUGAGGGACAAUUCCCCUACCAAGCUGCUUUGUUUGUCAGCACCAGCCAAGGAACUUUCUUCUGUGGUGGUUCUCUCGUCAACAACGAUUACGUCUUAACCGCUGCUCACUGCGUUGAUAUUGCCGAUUCCGUCGAAGUUGUCUUGGGUGCCCAUAACAUCCGUGAAAACGAGCAAUCCCAAAAGAAAUUCGUCGUGCCAAAAGAAAACAUUAAAUUCCACGAAAACUGGAAUGCUAACCAAAUCCGUAACGAUAUUGCCAUCUUGAGAUUGCCUGAACGCGUUACCUUCAACGAACGCAUCCAAGCUAUUGAAUUGCCACGCCACAAGGACCGUGAAAACUCGUAUGCCCAAGAGCCAUGCACCACCAGUGGAUGGGGAAAGGAUAAGGAUUCUGCUUCCGGUGUCUCUCCCGUCCUCCGCUUCGUCGAAACCGAAAUCAUCACCAACUCUGGAUGCGGCAACUACUUCCCCGGCGUCAUCCAAUCCUCAAACAUCUGCGCCUCGGGCAAGGGAGGAAAGAGCUCAUGCAACGGUGACUCUGGCGGCCCAUUGACUGUCUUGGACAAAGGAACCACCAAACAAGUUGGUAUCGUCUCAUUCGGUAUUGCCUUCGGAUGCUCCAUUGGAUUCCCACAUGCCUACACUCGUGUCACCGAAUACUUGGGCUGGAUCGAAGCCAACUCGAACGUCGUAAUCGAAAACUAAUUUUUUAUUUCUUGAAACCAAA